UAAGUGUAUAAUCUGUGCGCGGCUGCUGCGUCUGCCGUCAGUUUGACAAUGACGUCAAUAAACCAGUCUGCACUAAGCUAGCGGUCGUAUCAUUACUCCCUAUAUCUAACAGUGGCGACGAGGAUUCGAAAUACCCACUUAUGAAAAUUAAAAAUGGCAGUGUCGUAUUUCGGUGUUUUAUCGUGUUUCGAUCAUAAUGUACAUACGUGGAAGGUGUACAAAAGUCGCAUAACGUUGUGGUUUAUUGCGAACGAUAUAAAUCACUUAAAUGAUGCGGCGGGAGUGAAGCGACGCGCUAUACUGCUCAGUGCGCUCAGCGAGGGUACAUACAAGCUGGCAACGGAUUUGGCGUUGCCAAAGGAGCUGCAAGACGUAUCCUAUGAAGACAUCCUAGCCCUGCUCGACGCGCAUUUUACGCCAAGGCACAUCGGGUUCAGCGCGCGGCAUAAGUUUUACGCGGCGGCACAACAACCGACCGAGUCGCAUACACAAUGGGCGGCGCGGCUGCGAGGGUUGACGUUGGGUUGUGACUUCAGUAACCUGGAAGAAGCCGUAAGGGACCGCUUCAUAAUGGGCAUGCUGCCAAGCAUCGAGAAGGAGGAGCUAUACGGCAAGGAAUUGGCCAGUCUGCCUUUGUCCAUGGCGGUGGAACUGGCUGAGAGCAUCCAGUGCGCACGGGCGGGAGCCGCCUGUGCAGCGGCCGCGUCCAGAGUCGGCGACAUCGUGCCUACGGACGCUUCGGUUAAUAUUGGACAACAUAGUAAGCAAAGUGUCAGUGUGAGCAGUAGUGAAAAGGUGAUGUGCGGCGACGGUGACCAUAAGACUUUGGAGUCUCGUCGUUCCGACUAUAGUUCUAGAAAGCGCAACCAAAAAGUUCAUGUAAAAAGUGUGUGUAGCAAGGCGAACCUGGUGGCGUCAGCCGAGACGGACGAGAACGACGACGGUGAGUUGUAUCAUAUCCGAUCGUUUAUGGGGGAGCCAAUGGUGGAGUUUAUUGAGUUAAAUGGUGUUAGGUUGAAAUUUGAAAUCGACAGCGGCUCGGCCGUAACGGUUAUUUCGGAAACCAGUUAUAGACGGCAUUACAAUAAGGUAUCUUUGUCUCCUUCGAAAAAAAAAUUAUUGGGUUACACGGGCGAAAAGAUACAUUGUUUAGGGGUUAUGUCUCAGUCGCAGAUAUUGUAUGGCGGGGUCACCCACGCCAUAGACGUCUAUGUAGUACGCGGCGGGGGCCCGGCACUUCUCGGCAGGGAUUUUAUUUCAAAAUUCAAUCUGGAACUAGCACCGGUUAAAUAUUGUGAAUCUAUUUCAAUAGAACAACUCCAGGCUCGGUAUGCAAAAACAUUUUCUGACACUUUAGGGACGUUUAAAAAAUAUAAAAUCAAAUUAUAUUUAAAAGAUAAUUCAAAGCCGAUUUUUUUUAAAGCCCGGCCUAUAGCGUUCGCUCUCCGAGACAAAGUUACUGAAGAGAUCGAUAGGUUAGUCGAUUUAGGGGUCCUUAAACCUAUAGACCAUUCUGAUUACGCAUCUCCCAUCGUACCGGUCCUUAAGCGAAACGGCUCCGUUAGGAUAUGUGCCGACUACGCUGUGACUAUAAACAAACAACUCGUCGUCGAGCAAUACCCCCUGCCCACGGUAAAUGAACUGUUUUCAAAGCUGCACGGCGGUGAACAGUUCACCAAGUUAGACCUGUCAAGCGCAUACAACCAACUUUGUCUCGACGAGGAAUCGCAGAAGUUGACGUGUAUCAACACGCACAGAGGUCUGUACCAAUACACGCGGCUCGUGUUCGGUCUUGCGUCGGCCCCGGCGAUCUUCCAGCGCGCUAUGGAAACCGUUUUGUCAGGCUUAGACGGGGUGUUGUGUCUCCUCGACGACAUACUCGUUACCGGUCGGAAUAGGGAAGAACAUUUGAGUCGCCUAGGUGCCGUAUUACAAAGGCUCGAGGAAGCCGGCCUUUCAUUGCAGAAAGAAAAGUGUGAAUUUUUUAAAAACGAGAUCAGUUACCUGGGUUAUGUGAUUAACAAGUAUGGGUUAAAGAAAUCGCCAGAAAAAGUUAAGGCAAUAAUGGAUGCACCUAGGCCGACUAAUGUAAGUCAACUCCAGUCGUUUUUGGGUCUUGCUAAUUAUUAUAGAAAUUUUGUACCGGGCGCUUCUACUGUUUUAAGUCCCUUGUACGAUUUAUUGAAAAAAAAUAGUAAAUGGGAAUGGUGCAAGGUUCACUCAGACGCAUUCCUUUCAAUUAAAAAAUUUUUAGCAUCGGAUUCCGUCCUGGCUCACUUCGAUCCGAAUGCUAAACUUAUCUUAACUGUGGAUGCGUCCCCUACCGGCCUCGGCGCGAUACUAUCCCAAGUAGGAGUAGACGGCGCGGAGCGGCCGGUCUCGUUCGCGUCGCGCACACUCACGCCAGCGGAGAAACGGUACUCGCAAAUUCAAAAAGAGGCGACGGCGAUCAUUUUCGGCGUACGCCGUUUUCAUCAAUAUUUGUACGGUCGAUCGGAUCCGUUUAUUUUGCGAACAGAUCAUAAGCCUCUAAUUACAAUAUUUGGCCCGCAUAAAGGCAUUCCAGAGGUAUCGGCUAAUAGGCUGCAACGGUACGCAUUGUUUCUUAGCGCUUACAAUUUUAAUAUUGAAUAUGUCCGCAGCACCGAUAACAGCGCGGAUUAUCUAUCGCGUGCGAGCCUGGUGGGGGCGAGCGAGAGCGGCGCGAGGGCCGCGGAGGCGGGGCGUGCGUCAUGCGCAGACGCUGCCGCGGCGCUGUGCGACAGGGCCGCGUAUGUUUGUUUCGUGGUGGACGGAACGCUGCCGAUAACCGUUAGCGAGCUGCGACACGAAACAUCUAAAGAUGUUAUAUUGAGUCGCGUCGUUAAUUAUGUUUUAAACGGCUGGCCAAAUAAAAUAGCUGAUUUAAAAUUAAAACCGUAUUUUUUGUGCCGCAAUCAGCUAUCGGCCGAAAACGGUUGCCUUAUGAGAGGACAUAAAGUCGUUAUUCCUGCAACGUUACGUAAUCGUGUGCUCAGCGAAUUGCAUAUUUCUCAUUUAGGCAUCGUAAAGACCAAGGCCGAAGCUAGGGCGAGAUUUUGGUUUCCGGGCGUUGAUGACGCAAUUGAAAAAUUAAUAGGGUCAUGUGAUGUGUGUAACCGGUUAAGGUCGUCACCACCACGGGCUAAAAUGUCGCCGUGGGAAUUCCCUCCACGACCGUUCUACCGGGUACACGUUGAUUUUUUGGGUCCGCUAAAUGGUCGUACAUACCUGGUGGUCGUAGACGCGUACACGAAGUGGGUUGAGGUGUACGAUAUGUGUACUAGCACGGGUUCUAGUGCAGUGAUCGAACGGCUACACGAAUAUAUCGCGCGGUUUGGACUACCGAAAACGAUUGUCAGCGACAACGGAACCGCGUUUGUUUCACAGGAAUUUUCCAGCUUCUGUGUAAGGAAUGGUAUUUCGCACCUAACGUCGCCGGCAUAUCAUCCCGCCAGCAAUGGCCAGGCUGAAAGCUUGGUUAAGGUAGUCAAAAAGGGCAUCAAAAGUAGCGUUUUGAGUAGCCGUGCGCCGAAAGAAAGCAAGUUAAGAUUACUAAAAUUUCUGUUCGAUUACCGCAACUCCAUACACUCCACCACGGGUUUCUCUCCAGCUGAGCUGGUGUUUGGGCGGAAGCUCAGAUCGCGGUUGGACUUAAUGAAUCCCAGGGUACCGCCGUCGUCGUUCGCCGGCCUCGCAGAUGUUGUUAAAACGAAACAACGCUUGCAAACAAAAGCGCGUGGCGGGAAAAACAUACAUUUUUUUUCGCUGGGCGACCAAGUUUUGUAUAAAAGACUUAUAGGUAAUAGCAAAUUCACGUGGCUAAAAGGGACAGUAGUACAGAGACUAGGGAACGUAAUGUAUUUAGUACGGGAUAAUGCCUCUCUAUGUACUGUCAAGAAACACAAAAAUCAAUUAAUGCUAUGUAAGACAGAUAGUUCAACUAGAUGGGACUACGACGAUGUAGACGUCGGUAGCCCAGCAGCAAGAACUUCCUCUCAGCAGCCGGGUGUUGCGCAGGAUACUACUGUCCGUAGUCAGCUUCAGGGGGAGGGUGAAGAGGCAUGCUCGCCUCCGGCUACACCACCUCUGAACCAUCCCAAUGUCACUGUGACUAGAGGGGUUAGGCGCCCUGUGUUAAAUGAGGAAAGUGAAGGGAAUGAUCUUCUCCAAUUUAUGUAA